AUAGUAUUUACCAGGUUUACAAUAUACAGAUCCCCUGAGAAUACCUCUGCCAAUAAGAUGGAAGGGAGAAGUCAUCACAUGGGAUUUCAUGAAACUGAUGAAGAUGGAGAUUUGUCACCUCCAAGAAAGUUCUCUGCCAGAGAUGACUGUGAAGUUAUUACAAUAGGUAGAAAGUUAAUCUAAAAUUGUACAUGAAGUUAUGUUUUGUUUAACUUUUUUAACCAGUUUUACUUUUUACAUCAUCAAUAUUAUACAAUUUUACAUAUACUAUCCAUAACUUAUGUAUAUUAUUUAUAUAUUAUUUAUGUAAUUGUACAUCUUGUUGUACGUUAUUUAUUUAUCCAUAUAUUUAUUUUAACCAUUAUAUUAUUUUAUUAUAGUGAAUUGGUACAGAAGAGCCACCAUGUGGAGUACUAAUAAACCAUUAUUAUUAUUAUUAUUAUUAUUAUUAUUAUUAUUAUUACUUUGUCUCAAAUCAUAAUCUUUUAUUAUCCUAGUCAAGGGACAACAAAAUUAUUAUAAAUCUGGUAAGAAAAUGAUGAAAAAUUAACCACAAUACGUACAAUGUCAUUGUGUCAAUUUUGAACUCAAAAUUGCAUUUUUCUCCGCACAAAAAUAUAUGCAUCUAUCAGUUUGCUUUUUUCCAAAUUCAGUUCCCACACAGGAGUAGCUAUCACGCCACAAUAAAAAAGUUUAUUUUUACACUACACUACACUACCAUUACAUCCACAUAUAAAAUUGAAAUUAUGAUAUUGUACUUCAUUAUAAGCAUUAAAGUUUCCCUCUCUCUCUCUUCCCUAUUUUACUUGAACACCAGAACAUCAUCUUUCCACUGGGAUUGAAGAUGUAGGGCUGCAGGUACUGUUCUUAGAAUUUCUGUGAUAUACCCAUAAUGUAACACCCUAAGGCCAAACUCUACAUAUGUGUGAAUACAUUUACAGAAAAGCAAGAAUGAAUACUGAUGUGUAUCCCAUUAAAAAUCUCAAAGAUUUGAUUAUGGAAGUUGAAUCAGAGGAUAUAGAGAUACACCCCAAUUAUUCUUAAUUCUCUCAAAUUUAACAAUGAAAAAGACAUUAAAAAGAGAUGUUUUUCAUCUUGUCACAAGCGUGGGACAAAGAUAAAAUUCUGAGUCCCCUUGAGGAAUCAAACCUCAGACCCUUCAGAUUUUGUGCUCCAAUGCCCUACUACUGAGCCACAGAGACUCAAUGGUGAGCGAGGUCUAUUACGAGGUUCAUAUGACACGUGUCCUGCAUACUGCUAGGAAUUCAGCAAUGUCGAUAGGGUUAUGUUUGUAGAUAGAAAUAAGAGAGAAGGUAAAUUUUGAGCUCAGUAAAGAAAUAAACAUAAAUAAAAGACAUUGUUUUUAUGUUGGUUGUCUUAAAAUUGCUUGAAGAUUUGUGUUGUUUUUUUUCUUUUUUUCUUUCCUUAAUUUUGUAUCAUUAUUAUUUUGAUUCAUGUAUUCUAUUUUUUUUUUAAUUAUUUUUUUUUAGGAAAGUUUUAGCUAGCAUGAAUUAUUUCUAUUUUAUUUUCAUGGUUGCUGCUAGGUUUGGAGAGGGGCCCUCCUAUUAAGUGAUUUCUUGAUUUGCAAUGAAGAAAGGUGAGUUGUCUUCUUAUAGUACUUGUAUAUUAUAUAUUAAGUACUAUUUUGUAGGGCCAAAACAGUAACAGAAAGAAUCAAAAGAAAGUAUUUGAGGAAUGUUCAAUAAAUUUGUUUAUUGCAUCAUAGUGUUUACUAUAACAUGUGUCUGAUGUAUUGCUUUUUCUGUCUUUUGAUUUGUGUUGUGAAUAGAAGCAUAAUUACCAAAUAUAUAUUGACUUAUACACAGGAUUGACUUAGAGUCUGGUAAAUACAGUAUAUGUUCUUCCAAUCAGAUUUGAUGGAUGUUUUGGGUUGGAGCUUGGAGCAGGUCUUGGUUUAUGUAGCAUCAUAUUGGGAAGAGUGGCAAAGAGACUGUUCUGUACAGGUAUAGAGUCGUUGAUGUUGCAUAAUUGAAGUAGCAAGUAAAGUAAAAAAAAAUAAGUAUGUUUAUAUAUUCAGGUGUACUUUCAUCAAGGUAUAAAGCAUAGGCUGAAUCUGUUUUAAGAGCAACUUAAUUGUCUUCUUGUGGGUCCUUCAAACUUCCCUAUUGCCUUGAAGACCAAUGAACACAGCUGACACUACUUAAAACAUUUUCAACACAAGUCUAAUUUUUACGGAAUUUUGUAAUAUUUAGAUGUUGGAGACACCAUUCUCAGCAACUGCAAUGCCAACAUAGCAGCUAACUCUCAUCUUUUUAGAUAUGGUGAGUAAGAGAAUGAUGUAAAGUGAUUGAACUCAAGAUAGUCAUACCUUAUUGGAUUUUUGCUUUGAUGAUUACAGUCUUUUUGCAGUGUCUAUGAGAUAUGAAACUUCUGUUUGGGCCAUGUUUUCCAUAUUUGAGAACAUGAUAAUGAGGCAUGCACGGGAUGUCAUAUUUCCUAAAUUUUUGACAGAGUUUUUUCAACUUGCCUUACACACCAUUGUUGUUGAGAUGAUUGUAACUUUGGUUGGUAUUAGAAGGAAACCUUAUUCCUUAGCUAUCAAUUCCUCAAAUUCUUCUCAUUCACGCCAAGAAAGAAAGCUAAGUAGGCUGACAUUUAAAUUUUGAAUUGUUUGAUGCAUCAGCCCAUCAACAGACCUCUGUCAAAGAGCUCGUGCUCAAAACAUCACCUAUACAAACUCUUUAUGGUGGUCAAUUUACUUUAUCAGCUUAGAGGAUAAAACCAAAAUUUUUUUUCAUCUUUUUUUUCAUCUUAGGCAGUGAAGCUGUUACAGUUCAUGAAUUGGACUGGCAGAAAAAAGGAUUACCCUCUGGUAAGGAGAUGAACUUAGUUAUAAUGUUAAUUCUUAAUAGAGUGGCAAAAAUACAGUAAAUUAAUUAGGAUUGCAUUGGUUUUUUUUUUUUUUUUUUUUUUUUUUCCAUCUAUUUCUUAUACAAUUAUAUACAUAUUUUUGCUAAAUCUCAGUUUGCCUAGGACCCAAACUGUUUUGCCAACAGGUUUUGGCUUUCUGUUUCCUUUGCACCAGAAAUAAAACGUUAUUUGUCAUCUUGCUCUAGACAUCGAGCAAUUGGAAAAUUGUUUCUCUGCCCAACUUUCCUAUGUUAAAAAAACUCAUUAUCGUGACCACUCAUCUUCUUCUUCUUCAAGGGGGAGACUGAAAACAUGUGGUAGAAUUGGGUGUGAUUAUUCAAUAGUAUUUUUUGCAAUCCAUCAUUAUUUUUGUUGUUAUGUUACAGAGAAUGGUUCUUUCUGUUGGACAAUAGAAGAUCAAGAGCUGUUUAAAGCUAUCACAGUUGUAUUGGCUGCAGAUGGUUAGUGUCAGAAGUGAUCUUUUGUUCCUCAGGGGUAGUAAUUAAUAUUCAUUCAUUCUCCAUCUGGGUCUCACUGGCAGGGAAAGAAGUUCAUUUGAUUUUCCAAUUUCUUACUUUAAAUUUCCUUUAUUUAUUCUUAGUGAUUUAUGAUGAUUCCUUAACUGAUGCUUUCAUUAAAACGGUCUUGCAUCUUUUUGAGCAAAACACAGACAUAGUCCUUUACUUGACAGUGGAGAAACGGUGAGUUGGACAAGCUGAAUAAGAAAUAGAAGAUGAAAUAAGCUUUGUUUCAUCAGUUACCUCCCUGAGUUUGCAUAAUUUUUCACUUCCCCUGAGAUCUAUGGCACCUCAACUCUACCUAUAUUUUCAGAUUGAAUUUUACCCUGAAGGAUCUUGCUGUAACCUGUCCAGCAUACUCCCAUUUUACUGAGAGAAUAGAUGAACUGGAAAGUAAACAAAAAAGACUAACAGCAAGGAAACUCUCCACUGAUUUUCCUAAGUACCUACAGUAUGACAGAGUAAAGGAGCUGGUAAGUGUUGAAGUGAUUUUGUUUGUGUAUUAG